UUUGUCCCGCCGGGAGCAACCGCCGGGCGCAACUGCCGCCUUCCCGCGGCCCUCCCGCCCUUCCCGCUCCCUCCCCGCCCCGCACGCCGCCGCCGCCGCCGCCCUUUUGCUUUCGGUUUUCCGCAGCUGACCGCCGCCGGCUGGCCCGGCCAUGAGCAACGGCGCCGUCUACAACGAGACCACGGAACCGGAGGCGAAGGCGGCCCGCCGCCUCCCCUUCGGCUUCACCCUAGAGCGCCUGUGGGGAUGGCGGCUGCCGGUCAAGGUGCUCCAGACGAUCCUCUCUUUUGUGGCUGUUGUUUGUGAAGAAAUUGUGGAGGAUUGCACCAGUUGUAGCGGACUUUACUUCUUUGAAUUCAUAAGCUGCAGUGCCUUUCUUUUGAGCCUCCUGAUUCUGUCUGUAUAUUGCACUGAGAUGUAUGAAUCACUGGGGGAAGAUAAAGUGCCGAAACUGAAUUUUUGGGCGUUGCCAGUCAUAGGUGCCUGGUUUCUGAUAGCAUCAAUAGUAUUUUCUGCAAACAACUCUGGCUCUGCUGCUGAAAGUGCUGCAUAUGUGUUUGGAUUUUUUGCAACUUGUGCAUUUGCAGGUGAAUUUAUUACAGAGUUAAUUCUCAAACGAAAGCAAAAUGUCGAUGGACGCUCUGAAAAUCCUGGUAACACUCCACGUACCACAGAAAAUCAGCCAUUGAAUAAAMAAAGAUAACUUCCUGAAAUUGUUUCUUUUUUAAUUUUUUUUUAAUUGGAGCAAACUAAAAUGAACUUUCAGUGGACAAUAGGUAACAACUUCUGUUUCUUCAUUCUAAUCAAUUUUGUACACAUUGCUCAUCACAAAUUUUUAUGGAUUCUUAGGUCAAGUAAUGGCAUUUUGAGCAUCAUGUUCUAAGGUAACUAGUCCUGCUUAAUAACUAGUCCUGCCACCUGCUGGACCAGUUAACUUCAGGAUAACAGUGUACUGAUUUGAUUUUGACAGAGGUGACUAAUAAAGGUCAAUGUCCGAGGCAUAAAUUCUGAGCUAUAGCCUAAAGAUAUUUCCUGGAUAAAUGGACCAGAUGCUUCUGUUGCAAAUUAUAAAUUAGUACAGCAGAAUUUACUUUUGUACUUCCUGGUAAAACUGAAUGUAAAAGGGAUACCUAACUGUAACCUUACUGAAAUGCCUAUCCUUAAGUGUAAAGGAUUUUAUUUUACUAUUCCUAUGUCUUAGUUCYGUCUGUGGAGCUCAGUUUAAUAGUGACCAUUUAUGGGGAGGGUAAUAUAAAUWAUAUAAUAAGGAGACAGUUUUGCUUCCCAUGAUUGUCAAAGUUUCGACUUGUAUGGAAUCUUCUUUCAGGUGAUUUCAAAAGCUGUAACAGUUGCAGGAAGAAACUUGAAAAGCCAGCAAUGAGAYGAAAAAGAUAAAGAAUAAAUAUUUUCAUGAAGCAAUCCCAAAAGUAACAAUCUGAAUAUCAGUGGGAAAAACCUUACUGCACAUUGGUACUACCCUGGUGAGCAUUGCUUGCAAGGUUAAUACCAUAUGCAGCUUGUUCAGGCAUAGAUAAUGCUAAGUUUUGCCUGAAUGGUUUUGAACCUCACCAUUUUUGGUGUUUAUAAAUAGUGCAGUAGCUUGAGACUUCUUGCUGCUGACUAGCUCAGUUGGUAAAACAGGUAAAUAAGCACUUGUACCCUCGAUUUGGUUUAAAAGCCACAAUGUGUAAGACUGCAAGGAACACUACUGAUUGGGACRUGUAUUGGACAGGUGACGGAUGUAUUAGACCAGAUGUGGAUGGCUGUAAAAGUAAUUAAGUGCUGAAAAAACAUUUUUCUGAUGUCUGAGGUAAAAGCAAGASUGUUACACCUGUCUUAAGAGGAAAGCCUUCAAAAGCAGAGCAAAUUGCUGUAAGCCAGGAGAUGUUCAAAAAUGCCAAAGCAAAUGAGAAAAAAGCUGAUUAUGCAAAAACAAUUCUUGUUUGAGUGACAUUUGCCUGUGACAUUUGCCAUGUCUCCCAGGCAUUAACUGCAUUUCAUCAAUAUCCCAGUCUGGCAUGUUCCUAGUCCUGUAACCUGUUGUGGCAGCAUUGAGACUAAGCCCUCCAGAAACUGGCUAAGCUGUAUUUGGGAAAGGAAGAGGAAGCUGUUUUAAAACAAAGGACURUAAUAGCAGGUCAGACUUGGUUUUUUCCAUUGCUGCCACUUUCUGAUAAGUGUGAGUUUGUGAUUUUCUCUCUCUAUGAGACUUAAGCCUAACACUACACUUUGCUUGGAGGUUGUAAAAUGUUGCCAGGGAGCAUGAAAUACCAAGUUAAAGCUGUAGCUUUGUUUCAGAUCUAUGCAUAGAAGAGGUACUUUCCUUCAUAGAAUUUCCUGUGUUGUAAAGAAUAAAUGCUCUUUGGACUUGCUUUGU